AUGAAUACAAAAGUGAAACACCGUACAAGGUUUUUUUUUUGUAAGAAUUUAUUUAAGUAUAGUUAUAGUAAUACAUAUUUAACACAUAAGAAGUAUUUUUCUUCUAUAGCAAGUAUAGAAAAAUUAAAAACAAAAAUUUUAAAUUAUUAUUCUAAAGAAAGUGAAAACUUUAUUCAAAAGAGAAAACAACAUGAAAAGGAGAUAAAAGAGUAUUUUAAAGAACUACCUAAUGAUGUUACUCUUGAAGACAUCUUUAUUUGCUCAGAUGAAAAAAAAAUAUUAAAUGAAGAAAUAGGAAACAUAAAAAAGUAUGUAGAAGAUAAAAAUAGAAAAAAUUUAAAAAACAUAAAUGAUCAUAUAAAAAGCAUAAAUGAAAAAACAGAAUUAAUGAAGGUAUUAUCUAUGUGCGGAGUUCGUAUAUUUCCUAAAAUUUUAUUUUUUUUUAUUUUUGAUAUUAUAUCUAAUCUAAAGGAGCAUUUAGAAAUAAAUAAAAAUCAUAUUAUCAAAUAUGAAGCAAUAACAGAGAAAGAAAAUUAUUUUAGAAUAAAUCAAUAUUACUACAACAAAAAAAAAAUAAAUAUUGAAUUUUUUUUAUUAUAUAGAGCGUUAUCAAAUGCUCUGUAUAGUGUAUGUGAAAGUUUCAUAGAUAAUAAUGAAAUGCAUUUGGCUAUAAGAGAUGAAAUAUAUGAAAAUUAUAGUAAUAUAAAUGAUAUUAUAAUAAAAUCUCCAUCAUUUUUAAAUAUUAGUAUAUUAUUUUAUUAUAUAAAUAUUUGGUUGUUUGCCGAUCAAAGUAGAAAAAUGAAAAUUAUAUGCCUUGAAAACUUGAAUAAAUAUAUAAAUUCAAUUUCUGAUGAUGAAAUAAAUAUUAGUAAAAAUGAUUUAUUCUAUUUAUUUCUGACGAUUCGUCUUUUUUUUUUUACUUUUUCUUACAAUGACAUGUUAAAUAAUUUAAAUAAUUAUAGUAAACAUUUUAUUUCGUCAGUUAUAUUUUUUCCUCACAAUUCCGAGAUAAAAUCAAGUAUAGAAAACGAAAAUUACGAAUACAUAAUCAAUUAUUUAAAUAAAAAUGAAAAAAAUGUAGAAAUUAGAAAAAUACAAAUUCUUCCCUUUAACUUCUCUCUAUGUUCACUAAAAAAUAAAAUUAUUUAUAUUUUUGAGAGAUUUGAUGAUUAUUAUGAAAACGAUAAAGAUGUUAUGCGUUCUUAUAACUACUGGAAAUAUUUUAUUGCGAAAAAAGAAGAAUAUAAAUUAUUAGCAAUAUGUAAUAAACAUGAAUACAGUGAAUUAUUUGUAAAAAAUAAAAGAGAUGAUAUCUUAACAAAAUAUGUGAAUAAAGAUUAUCUAUAUAAUUUUGAAGAAAAAAUUAAGAAGAAUAUAUAA